GGCAGGACUGGCCUCCACGUGGCCACACCCUAUGUGUCUGUCUGUCCUAUGGUCACAGUGGUCCCUUUGUCUGCACAGUGGGAACCAGAGAGAGGAGACACCAUGACACUCACCCUCACAGUUCUGCUCUGUCUUGGGCUGAGUGUGGACUCCAGGACCAGAGUGCAGACAGGGACCCGCCCCAAACCUAACAUCUGGGCUGAGCCAGGCUUUGUGAUCCCCUGGUGGACAUCUGUGACCAUCUGGUGUCAGGGUGGCCUGGAGGCCCAGGAGUACCGCCUGCAUAAAGAGGGAAAGUUAGAGACCUGGGACAGACAGAAGCCACUGGAGCCCGGGGACAAGGCCAAGUUCUUCAUCAGAUACAUGAGAGUUAUGCAUACAGGAAGAUAUCGCUGUAACUAUCUCAGCCUCACUGGCUGGUCAGAGCUCAGUGAACCCCUGGUGCUGGUGAUGACAGGAUUACAGAACAAACCCCAGCUCUCAGCCCUGCCCAGUCAUGUCGUGACCCCAGGAAGGAACGUGACCCUCCAGUGUGGCUCAUGGUUAGGAUUUGACAGGUUCGUCCUGAUGAAAGAAGGAGAGAACCAGCCUUCCUGGACCAUGGUCUCCCAGAGAGCCCCCGGUGGUAGGACCCAUGCCCUGUUCCCUGUGGGCCCUGUGAACACCAGCCUCAGAUGGACAUUCAGAUGCUAUGGCUAUUACAACACCACCUCCCAGAUAUGGUCGCACCCCAGUGACCCCCUGGAGCUGCUGGCCUCAGGUCACAAGCACCAGAGAAGCUGGAUCCCAGUGCCUGUGACCUUCUUCCUGAUGCUCUUCCUCCUUCUCCUCUUCCUCCUUGUCCGACACCAGCGCCAGAAAAAAUGCUGCAAGUCAAGUGCCUCACGUCCUCAAGUUGAGACCAAAACUCUGCAGAAAAGCUCCAGCUCCGUGGCUCCUGUCCAGGAUGAGAACAAGAAAGCUGAGGUGAGAGAGUCCCAGCCUGAGGAAGACAUACAGAUGGACAGUGAGGCCAUGGCAUCUGAAGAACCCCAGGAUGUGACCCACGCCCAGAGGAACAGCUUGAAUCUCGGACAGGAGACAAGUGCACCCCCUUCCUCUCAGUCAACGGAGGCCCCAGCAGAGCCCAGUGAAUGUGCUGCUCUGUCCAUGCACUAGCCCAGGAAGGACCCAGACCCCAUGUUCCCAGGAGGGGGACUGUAGAGACGCUAGGAGGCUGUGGCCCUUCCCCCCACCCCGUGGACACUCAGCUAACACUCCUUGGCCUGGGGACCUCUCAUAAGGAAACAGGAUAUCCUGGAGCUUUAGAAAUCACUUAAUUCUGCUGUAGAUUAAAAAAAAAAUACCAUCUCCAUAUCUUCAGACAUAAAGCAAAACCCUUCUAAAAACCCAUGGCUAAGAGAAGCAAACCACAAAUGAAAAUGUCUUUUUUUUUUUUAACGUAAAUGACAAUGCAAAUAUUCUACAUUGACACACAGUUUCACUUAAAUGGUCAAGUAAACGCUACAGGCCAAAGGGAAAA